CUGACGAUCCUGGCUGCAGGGGUUACCCUCCCUGACGUCAUCACCAGUGUGAUUGUGGCGGGUAAAGGCCUGGGGGACAUGGCUGUGUCCAGCUCUGUGGGCAGCAACAUCUUCAACAUCACAGUGGGGCUGCCAAGGGAUUGAGGAUGCCAUGAAUCACGCCACCGGAGUUUUAGAUUCUGUCGCCCCACGGUCUGCUGGGGAGAGAGCUGGAGUUGUUGUGUCUCCAUAGCCAGUAUCACCACCUGCUUUGGAGGGAAAAUGUUUUGUGCAAGGAGGAAGCGACUACAUCUCUGCCGGGUCCUGUUUCUCCUCUCCGGGGUUUUUCUUUGUACACUCUACCAGCUGACUAUCAGUGCCAGACUGUACAAGCCUUUGCCAAUGCCUCAGAUUGGAGAGGAUUUUGCAGAAGGUUCAACAGAAGGGGUCAAUGAGGCCACACUAGAGACUCAGGGGUCGGAGGAACCUCUCACUGCAACACAUGAAUUUGAGCCAACAGAUCAAACAACGCCAGAGAUACAUGUGGCACAUUCGGAUAUAAAUUCAAAUUUUGAAGCAUUCACCCCCACUGAACCUUCACUAUCACCAACUACAAAACGGACUAUGGUGCAUUGCAUCUUUGUGGCACCUGAGCCUCCACAGGAGACACCCUCACCAACUCCAGCUCUUCCUGGUGAAGCUCCAUACUUGAAGGGAGACUACCCUGAAGAUCUAUUUUCUGUUGAAGACCGUAGACGAGGCUGGGUGAUUCUCCACGUUUUUGGGAUGUUGUACAUGUUCAUUUCACUUGCAAUAGUGUGUGAUGAGUUCUUUGUUCCUGCGCUGGGGGUGAUCACAGAGACUUUAGCCAUCUCUGACGAUGUAGCAGGAGCCACCUUCAUGGCUGCUGGAGGUUCUGCCCCCGAACUUUUCACCUCCUUGAUAGGAGUCUUCAUCGCCCACAGCAAUGUGGGUAUCGGCACAAUUGUUGGUUCAGCUGUGUUCAACAUUUUGUUUGUGAUCGGGAUGUGUGCUUUGUUUUCACGGGAGAUACUUCAUCUCACCUGGUGGCCACUUUUCAGAGAUGGAUCCUUCUACAUAUUUGGCCUUAUCUUACUCAUCAUCUUCUUCCUGGAUAAUGUCAUAAUGUGGUGGGAGAGCUUGAUGCUGCUGGCCUGUUACUCUGUCUAUGUGAUUUUCAUGAAGUUUAAUGUGCAAAUUGAACAAACCUUCAAGUCUCUACUCUUCAAAAACAAGAACAUUGUGAGAAUUGCUGUAGGGGAACCUGAAAAGAUAAACGGUGACGCUGAACAUAAUGCCCUUCCUGCUCAAGAGGACAAGAAUCUGUUAAAGUUGAAGCCAUCCCUUCAGCGAGGGGGGAGCUCAGCUUCUUUACACAACAGCACCAUGAGAAACACCGUCUUUCAACUCAUGAUCCACACAUUGGACCCUAUAGGAGAGGGGAAAUUUAAGGAUAAGGCUGAGACACUGAAUAAUGUGGCUAGACGGGCGACAGAGAACAAAACUCAAGACAAACGUGAAGAUGGUGGAGAUAAACCUGAGGCGACCAAAGAGCGAGAGGCGGCCCCAGCACCGGAUAAGCAGGAUCACCCAGAGGACAAGAAGGAGGAUGUGCCGGCAGGAGAGGAUGGGUCAGGAGGCUCUGACAGUGAUGAAGAUGACAGUGAAGAAGAUAGCAAAGAGUCCAGUGAAGAAGAAGAAGAAGAAGAAGAAGAAGAUGAGGAGGAGGGCGAUGAAGAAGAAGAGGAGAAAGAAGAUGAGCCUUUGUCUUUAGAGUGGCCUGAAACACGACGUAAACAAGCCACCUACCUCUUCCUGCUGCCCAUCAUUUUCCCUCUGUGGCUCACAGUUCCAGAUGUUCGCAACCAGAAAUCCAGACAUUUCUUUGUCGCCACUUUUCUGGGCUCUAUCAUGUGGAUUGCCGUUUUCUCCUACUUCAUGGUUUGGUGGGCCCAUCAGGUGGGUGAGACCAUCGGCAUCUCAGAGGAGAUUAUGGGCCUGACGAUCCUGGCUGCAGGGACCUCCAUCCCUGACCUCAUCACCAGUGUGAUCGUGGCGCGUAAAGGCCUGGGGGACAUGGCUGUGUCCAGCUCGGUGGGCAGCAACAUCUUCGACAUCACAGUUGGUCUUCCAGUGCCAUGGCUCCUGUACUCAUCGUUCCACGGUUUUGCUCCAAUGGCUGUCAGCAGCAACGGGCUCUUCUGUGCCAUCGUGCUGCUCUUCAUCAUGCUCCUCUUUGUCAUCAUCUCAAUUGCAUCCUGUAAUUGGAAGUUGAAUAAGAUGCUGGGUUUCGCCAUGUUCCUGCUCUACUUUGUCUUCCUGGUGCUUAGUGUGAUGCUGGAGGAUCGCAUCAUUGUCUGCCCUGUUUCCAUCUGAGCAUGUGAGCAGAAGCUGACGAGCAUUCUCUCUAUUGUGAUCUAAAGGGAAUAACUUACAUACACGGAUCUCAUGAACAUGGAUCUAAAUAGUUAUAGACACUGUGCAGAAAGCUACUGUAGUUGCAUUGAUGCCAGUAAAAUGUGUCUGGUAUGACGGCAACUAAACACAUACUACAACCUUUCCUAGAACUUGUUGCAUACUCACUUUUUGUAACAAUUGCAUCUUUUAUUAUUAAGUAAUAUAGUGUAGGAAGUGGAAGAGAAUGAAGACCAACAUGGAUUGUUUCACUGUUUAAAAAUCAGCAUCUACAGGAUGUAAUUAGAAAUCUAGAAUAUAUGCACAAGUUGAUGGUUUCUAAAUGUGCAUUUUUUAUUGUCUGUGUGCAUAAACUUGCACCAACAUGUGUUCAAUAACAUUCAUUAUAGAGAAAAUGAGCUUGCUUGAACUCACUGUUAUGUCAUGCAUUUUAUAAAACAAAGGUCAGGCAUAGCAACACACACUUUGGAAAUGAUCAAACUGAACAUCUGUAGAAUAAAUGUGUUUUAUUUAUAAAUGAAAGCAAACUAUAGAUCCAGCCAGGGAAGAAAUUUGAUUUCUUUUUUAUAUAAAAAUCAUACAAAUUAUUGUCUGUGUUACAAA